CGGUCAGCUCGCCACUGAUUUUCGAGGACUUGAUGGCGUGGUCAAAACUUGAGGAGCUUGACCCGCUCACGAGAAAGGAAUUCGCUUGGAUGCCUCUACCCUCAACCGGAACCUUGCCAAGGCCGCAUUGUAACGCCUUGAUGGCAAAUCUACGCUCCUAUUUGUACGCUGCAAUACCAGCUCCGUUGACGGAUGACGGAGUAGCAGUUGUCGAUCUCCGCUCCUAUCUUGCGAAGAUUGACCGUGAGUAUGCCACCCAAAGGUACGCCGAGACUGACGCGCCUUUGCUCUAUAUCCGCAUUCAAAUCGGAAAGGCAACUUGCAGUGCCUUGAUUGAUUGCGGAGCAUCUCGCAAUUUCAUGAGCCAAGCCUUUAUGGCCCGCGUAGGCCUUGGCCCGCGCGUUCGAAGGAAGACGCAACCUACGCAAGUGACACUCGCGGAAGGCCGCAUGCAAAAGUCGAUUGACCGAUGCAUUGACGGCGUCCCGGUAUACUUUGCGCCCCUUGCGUGCGAGUCGGUGUCUUUUGACAUCCUCGACACCAAGUUUGACAUAAUUUUAGACAUGUCUUGGUUGCGUAGCGCCGAUCAACCGAUGAACUUUCAUGACCGAACCGUUCACAUCCGUGAUAGGAACGGAUUGCUAGUCCCAUGUACGAUCGCGACCCCACAUACUUCGAUUGCUUGUCACCUAGUUUCCGUUGCGAGAAUUCACGACGCUAUAGCUCGGAACGACGUAGAGGAGAUGGGUCUUGUGUUUUUACAUGCUUUCCCCUCGCGGGACGGACCAGCCGCGUCAUCGUCGGACCCACGCAUUACUCACCUCUUGGACGGGUAUGGAGACGUCUUCGAGGCUACCACCGAAACGGUUCUGGAUCGGCCCAUACGCCAUGGGAUCACUCUCGAGGCUGGUGUCGUCCCUCCGCAUGGAUGCAUUUAUCGCAUGAGCGAAGAGGAACUCGAGGUGCUUCGCGCACAACUUGAUGACCUUCUCGACAAGGGCUGGAUUCGCCCUAGUUGUUCGCCAUACGGUGCACCGGCUCUCUUCAUUCGAAAGAAGAACAAGGACCUACGACUGUGCAUUGACUAUCGAAAACUUAACACACAAACCGUUAAGAACGUCGUCCCUCUCGCUCGGAUCGAUGAUCUCCUCGAGCGGUUGGGCGGCACGACGUACUUCUCGAAGUUGGACUUGAAGUCGGAUUACCACCAGGUUGAAAUCCAGCCUCAAGAUCGGUACAAGACCGCCUUCAAAACGCGGUAUGGGCAUUUUGAGUGGGUCGUAAUGCCAUUUGGACUUACCAAUGCCCCGACAACCUUUCAAGCCGCCAUGACAACGGAGUUCCGAGAUUUGCUCGAUCGUUCCGUCCUCAUCUACCUCGAUGAUAUCUUGGUAUAUAGUAGGACGCUUGACGAGCACCUCGUACACCUCCGUAUGGUGUUGGAUCGUUUGCGAUCAGCCAAGUACAAAGCAAACCGCGACAAGUGCAAAUUCGCCAAGCAAGAGCUUCAGUGCUUGGGCCAUUAUGUGACGCCGAAAGGCAUUCGUCCCUUAGCGGACAAGAUCCAAGCCAUCGUGGAUUGGCCGGAACCCCGUUGCACGACGGACAUACGCUCUUUCAUGGGUUUGGCUGGAUAUUAUCAGCGCUUCGUCGAGUCUUACUCCAAAGUGGCAGCUCCUUUGUCGAGACUUCAGUCCCAGAAGGUACCAUUCGAGUUCGACGACGCAGCUCAUGGCGCAUUCAAUACGUUGAAGGCAGCGAUGCAAGACGCUCCGGCCCUCCGUAUCUAUGAUCCCACCCUACCCACCCAAGUGACUACAGAUGCUUCAGGCGAAUUCCAUGACCCACGACUUUCGGCACAUCUUGGCGUGAACCGCACAUUGGCUCGCCUCCGCCAGCGUUUUCACAAGCCCGACGUUCUUCACGACGUCACGAGGUACAUUGAGUCAUGCGCAGUUUGCCAUCGUAACAAAGGUCGAUGUACGGUCCCUUAUGGCGAACUGAAACCGAUGUCGAUUCUUCGGGCACCACGCCUCUCCGUUGCUAUGGAUGUUACAGACCCGUUCCCCCGCGAUCGUCUCGGCCAUGACGACAUUCUCACGGUCGUCGACCGUUUGAGCAAGUACGCCCGUUUUCUUCCAUGCAAGUAUCGCGCUACAGCUCCCGAGCUUGCCCGACUCUUGCACACCAGCUGGAUUACAUGCCACGGUGUUCCGGAAGAUAUUGUGAGCGACAGAGACACUCGCUUCAUGUCUGCCUUUUGGACUUCCCUCAUGACGGAGUCCGGUUCGACGAUGAAGCCGAGUUCUGCACGGCACCCGCAGACGGAUGGACAGUCAGAACGAGCGCAUCAAACCUCUCAAAUGAUGUUACGUACACUCAUCCGUCCCGACCAGAAAGAUUGGGUUGACCGGCUUCCCGACAUCGAGUUCGCCUACAACACUUUGGUGCAUCCGGCGAUCUACAUCACUCCAUUCGAGUUGCAUCACGGUGGAGAAAAAGCCCGAGUCUUUGCUGAUCUUCUUCUACCACGGGCCGCCGAUAUAGACGUCGCUUGCUCUCUCGCUUUCGUUCGGAAGUAACGGGACUUGCUGAUCAAAGCCCGCGCAAACAUGCAAAAGGCUCAAAUCCCCAUGCAGCAGCAAGCCAACCGACG